UGCUGUUGCAGAACACGCUUGUAGGGCUAUUGAGAAUCGGACGGCUCACAAUGGAUUUGGUUAAACAUUUCUGAAACACCGACCAGCCACAUAACGGACUGCCAGAGAAACCAUCUGCUUAAGUAAUUAGGUUGAUGUGACAGGCAAACAUCGGAGUCAAUAAAUCAAGAUCCUAUGUGUUGCUGUACAUGAAGUUCCUCUGACUUCCUUUUAUAAUCCUGAUGCAUAUCCUUGUUUAGAAGAGUGCCAUACUUCUGCGUUUCAUUUAUAUUCAGCAGAGAAUAUAUGACCUGUAACAAUGGAUUCAAGAAGAACAAGAAACUUUCGGAAGUAUAGCCUGCAACAGGCUGUUAAAAAUGCGGAGACCUUCAUUGAUAUUGAUUUUGAGAGAAGGUCAGUUAAUAAGUAUUCAUUUACUGGCGGAGGAAGCUGCAUAGAUGAAAAAGUGAAGAAAUUGUUUUUGAGAACAGGGCAAGCUCGGAGUGUUACAAGUGCUUCUGCACAAGGUGAGAAAGGAGAGGAUCAGUUUGGACUUUGGAAUGUUCAGAGGUCUGUACGAAAAAGCAAAACUCAUGACUGCGUUGUAUCCAUGGCACAAGAUGGUGAUUACGCCCAAGAGGAUAAGCCUCAAGAAAAUAAGGUGAUGACAUCAGUUGAGAAAAAUAAAGAUAGAAUUAUUAAUGCUAUAAAUUUCUCAGAAACUGCUGUGCCCACUGGGCCUUUUGUUAUGAAUAGAUUGUGUGAAAGCAGGGUCAAAGCCCAACCUAAACAUUCAGUAAUUGAGCUUCCAAGUCCUUCCUCACAAUCACUUCCAUCAAUCACGAAAUGCAUUACAAAUAGACGGCUUUCACUGAGAAAGCCCAAAAGAGGCUUCAGAGGCCUAUUUACAAUAAGGAGAAACAGACAGGAGAAAGUACCAUUGAGAUCAAAGGACAACAAACCAGACUCCAAAAUUUUCAGUGGUAAAGUGACAUUAAGACCUAAUAAAAAUAUAUCCAGAAGUUCAAAGAUUUUAACUCAUGCUGGUGAUUCUUUAGCACAAUACUUUACUGAUAGUGACCCACCCUCAGACUCAUCCUUUGAAUGUAGUAGCACUCUCUGUGAAGAUGUUGCUUCUUUGAAGAGCUUUGAUUCCCUCACAGGUUGUGGGGAAAUCUUUGCUGAUGACGAAAACACUGAUCAGCUGGAGGCAGGUCACAAUUUUAAAAAUGCAACUGAAAAAUGUGAAGAUAAACAGACUCCUUCAGGUGAAUCUUUUCAAGGUGGAGGAGAACAACUUGCAUCACCGGGACAAACAGACGGCUUGGAGCUAAAUGGAUUUUGGAAAAACAUGAGCAACUCUGACACAGCACGUGAAAUAGUUCAGGAACCCACCAUAAGUGAAGAACCCAAACACUCCUUAGGACUUAAUGCUGGGGUUGAACAGUUAGUUCUUUCACCUUUAGAAUUUCAAAACAUAACGGAGAAAGAAGAUGUUGAGGAAGCUGAAAAAAAUUUAGAUGCUUACGUGGAACUGGGGACACCACAGAGUGACCAUCAGGAAUCAACAUCGACCAGUGAUGAAGGAUACUAUGAUUCAUUUUCUCCAGGGCAAGAAGAGGAUGAAAGCAAACGUUCACAAAGUCCAUGUGCAAGUAGACAAUUUCCCAGGGACAGCUAUAGUGGUGAUGCCCUCUAUGAACUUUUCUAUGAUCCAGAGGAGCCUAGGAUGAGUCCUAUCUUAGAUGAAGAAGGGUCCUCAUUGCAGAAUAUUGUGGCUCAACCCCAAACUCCAUUGUCUAUGUAUAGUUUUUAUGUAGGAGCUGAAGAAAACAUGGCUCCAUCUCCUACGGUGGAUAUAAACUGUCAUGAAUUCUUCCAAGGCAGUUGGAAAGGUAAAGAAUGCUUAUUAAAACUCUGUGAUACUGAACUUUCCUUGGCAAUGGGUCUAGUAAACUGGCUUAGGCAAAAGACGGAAACAAGUGAGUUUGGUUUGAACAUUCAAAAUAACACUGAGCAUCAUGAUCAAACAAGGACAGACAUAAUCAGUUUAACAAAUAUGUCUGCUGGCCAUUCUGUUCCCCGCAUUGAUGGAAUUCCAAAGAAGAAUGAGGUUAACAAUCCAGCCAAAGCCACAUCAAUGAUACAGAAUGGAAAACUUGAAAAUAGAACAAGUCUUUAUCAUCAAAAUACAACAUCCUCAUGUGUUGGAUCGACUGAUGAUGUUCAAUCAUCUGUGAAUUUAAUGCACAGGGAUGAUGAUCCUGGGCUCUUAGAGAGUAAUCAUACUUCUACUAACAAAGUUAUCCCAGUCACUUUAUUAAAGAGGGAUAUGUUGUUGGCACCUCCCCCUCAAGGAGAGUUGAGCAAAACAUUGGCAACAGCAAGAGAGAAUGCAGCAACAUUGGAGCCUAUGAUCAUUGUGAAAAUCAGUAAAACUAUCCUUUGCCCAAACUGUAGGAAAUCAGUGGAAUCCAACCUUCCUGAAGUGAUGCUAUGUUCUUCUUGCUUUUCAGUUGUUGGAAAACGCAGCAUAUCUGAUGUGUUGAGCAGUUAUGACAAAAAAAAUCACAAUUCAGGACCAAAGAAGGAUCAGGAGUGUAAUUCCAACAAUCCAAGGCAACAAGAGGCUGAUCAUUAUGUGUCUCAGCUACUGGAGGACUGUAUUAGACGUGUGGCAUCCUUAAAAAUGAAUACUGGUGAGACUAGGCAGUUCUGUAAAGAAACUACUAUCGAGGACUGCCUGUUUGCUCUUGCUUUGCAAGCUGAUCAACAUAACAAAGAAAACAAAAAUACUGGACUUGCUGAAAACUAUGUAAAUUACAACAGAAGAGCAAAGAAAACAACUGAAGUCCAAAAUAAUUGUACACCCGACAGUAGUAAGAAGACAAAGGAAAAUGUUUCUGCACAAAGUCCUGAGUUUACUGGAAUGGAAUCAUCUCAUGAAAUCGUUCAAGUACCGACAAGUUCAGCUACUCAUCAGUCCAUGUCCUUGAUUAGAAAAACCAAAGAGAAACCUGACUUAAGGAGAUCAAGCCAGUGCUGCAGUACCAUUGUUUUAAAUGAAAAUGCAUUGCCUCUCUGUCUGGAUGCAGCCAGUCAGUCUGAUGAAUUACAGCAUGAAAUUAUUUCCAGUGGAAACACCAAAGCCACAUGUCCCAAGAGAAAUGGGUGCAGCACAAGUUUAAGUGAAAAUGCUUAUUCAUCUUCUCAACCUUCCUGCUUGCCUCUUUCAAAAUCAGUCUGCUCGGGUCUCCAAAGAUGUUUGCACCAAGUGGAAAACUCCAGAAGUUGUAGGAAAUCUUCCUCUCAUCAAGGCAGUCUUUGUUUCACCUCGUCUCCUAGCUCAUCUUCUCCUCCUACAGCUUCCAGAGACAAGCCACUUGCAUUGCAGGGCAUAUGCAGCCACGUCUCAACUCAAGAACAUUGCAGUCGCAAAAAAGGAGGAAAAUCUGACAAAAUAAAACAAUCACUGAACCACUGGGCUGCGCCCACUGCUGACAAAGGAGGCGAAGAGACCCACAUUCAUCACUGACCUCUAAAGAGAAGACAGCAAAGUGAUUGUACUGUGCUGCCACAGUGAAAGUAUAAUAACUUUUCUCUCCUAUUGCAAGAUCAGUCCUAAUCAUUGGCCUCUCGGCCCAGCGUCAUUGGGAAUGCAUCACACCUUCCUGGCAAGCUACUUUGCAAAAGCCACAUAUCUGAAAUGAUUACCAUAGCAGUGGCUUUGGCUGAGAAUAACAACUGCUAUAAUUAAAUGCAUGAGUCGACUGGAAGGACUCAGUUCAACUAUGGGCAUCUAAUACAAUAUCAAAGAGUAAUUUUCAUCCUCUGCCGUAAUGUUGGACGAUACUGUCCGAUGCAAUGAUAUGGAUAUUGGCUUAUAAUUGUGUGUACUUGGUUUGUACAUCCCCACAACAAUUUGGGAAACUAACAUCUCUGUUUCUUAGUAAGGACUGAAUGGUGCUUCUUCAGUUUUGCUGAAUGUUACAGCCAAAUAGUCAUUUGAUCCCUCUUUUUGGCUGCAUUAGUACAAUGAUGCCUGUGCCCUAAAGCAUAGAAUUGCUUCCCUUGUCUGUUUUAUAUGAAGUGUUGUUUCAUUUGUCUUUUAAUCUGACAAACCCUCAGCUAAAUCCAGUAUGCUACCUUUUCCUGAAAUAAAGGCGUCCUUAUGCUGAGACAGAAGUUUACAGUGAGGUCACACAAGUGGUGGCCAAUGAUUUUACACGUUCUUACACUAAUCCUUCCCAUGCAUUUUACUCGAGCUCUUAAAUAUAAUGAAAACUUGGCUUCAUUUUAUUGGCAUUAAAAUUAAAUUGUCAUUUUAUUUCUGAAAGUAGAGGGUACAAAAUAAUCAAGCAAGUUUCACAGCUGAUUUAUUUUUUAGCUCCAUUAAUUAUGGAUUUUGUUCUUCAAAAUUGCAACUGAUUCAGUGUCCAUAGUCUUUGGGAAAAGUGAAUUCCAGAUUUUCAGACCCUUUGUGUGAAAAGCGCAUUCCCUUAUUUCACUUCCACUUGGCCUUAAGGAUCAUAUUUCGAAUUGUCCAUGAAAAUGAUGUUUCACUAUGCAAUAUCUUUUGUUCAAUAAAAACAGUAAGGUACAAAGUUAAAGGGUCAACAAUGAUCCUUUAAAAGGAUCAAUACUUGAUAAAGCAAAAUGAAAUGCAAAGGCCCCUAUUGGCUGCUACUGGUAAUGCUCCAGGUUGCUGAAAUUGUUAAUGGAUUCUCACAUGUCUACAGUAGUACUUAAUGAGUGCCAUCUGAUUCUUUCAUUUUGGUUUGGUGCAUGGUUUCUAGGGAUGUUACAGAAUUUGGUGACCGACUGGCACCUUCUUGUAAAUAAAACCAUUGAAAUUAUGUUGAUUUUGCUAAAUGCAUGUUUGGCUCUACUAAAAUGUGACAUCUGCCAGAAAUAUCCUGGUGGCAAUAGUCACCUCAAGCCUAUGUUUGUCGAACAAAUUCAUUUUGUUUCCACACUCUCCCCCCCGCCCCCCCACCUUUCAUUGGUAAGGUAUUUGGCACAUUGUUGGGGUAUGGUUUUGUAAAUGUCAAUCAAGCUUGUCCAGCUGUCAAUUCUCCACUUGUGAGCCUUCACCAGUGAUAUGGUCAUUGAAUAUGUUCAUGCAAUGCUUGAUCCAUUUCUCAUUUCCACACCCUAACAGGAAUGAAACUGAUUAGUUAACAGUUCAUAUGUCAUGCUCAUCACCACCCCAAGUGGGAUUAACUAAUUCUGCACAUACCCGUCCUCAAUGGCUAAGAUAUUCAGCUACUAAUCUGUUGAGAAAGUCUUACUAUUGAAAGUAAAACUUUAAAGUCUGCUAUUGAAGAUUUACACUAGUUAUAACCAUUAGUCAAAUACACAGAAUAAGACACAACUAAUUAUAACUAGGUUGAUCUUAAAUCGGCCAAAUUAAAUGAAUUAAAAUGUAUUAUUUUUUAACUAAAAUAUUUUUAUAUUGAUUUCCAGAUUAAAGUGAAGCAUUCUGGUUAAUUAGGAAUGAGAGACCAGACGUUCUUUUAACACAGGAAUCAAUUCUCUGUAACAAGCUUCAGAAACAGAAAUAUUUGACUCAGUUCUGAUGUCAGCCAGAUGGGAAUGUUUAAUGUAGUGCAAGUCCGGUGAUCACUUGACUGUUAAAAUCUCCAAACUUUGGUUGAGGUAGAGGGUUCAAGUCCCACUUCAGAAAGCUGGGCAUGUGGACCAGGACUGCAUGGUAUAGAACAUAGAACAUAGAACACUACAGCACAGUACAGGCCCUUUGGCUCACAAUGUUGUGUCGACAUUUUAUCCUGCUCUAAGAUCUAUCUAACCCUUCUCUCCCACAGAGCCCCCUAGUUUUCUAUCAUUCAUGUGUCUAUCUAAGAGUUUCUUAAAUGUCCCUAAUGUAUCUGCCCCCACAACCUCUGCUGGCACACACCCACCACUCUCUGUGUAAAAAACUUACCCCUGACAUCCCCCUUAUACCUUCCUCCAAUCACCUUAAAAUUAUGUCCCCUUGUGUUAGCCAUUGUCACCCUGGGAAAAAGUCUCUGACUGUCCACUCGAUCUAUGCCUUUUAUCAUCUUGUACACCUCUAUCAAGUCACCUCUCAUCCUCCUUCUCUCAAAAGAGAAAAGCCCUAGCUCACUCAACCUAUCCUCAUAAGACAUGCUCUCCAAUCCAGGCAACACCCUGGUAAAUCUCCUCUGCACCCUCUCUAAAGCUUCCACAUGCUUUCUAUAAUGAGGCAACCAGAACUGAACACAAUACUCCAAGUGUGAUCUGUCCAGAAUUCUAUAGAGCUGCAACAUCACCUCGCGGCUCUUGAACUCAAUAUCCCGACUAAUGAAGGCCAACACUCCAAACACCUUCUUAACAACCCUAUCGACCUGCGUGGCAACCUUGAGGGAUCUAUGGACAUGGACCCCAAGAUCCCUCUGUUCCUCCACACUGCUAAGAGUCCUGCCAUUAACCUUGUAUUCUGCCUUCAAAUUCGAUCUCCCGAAGUAUAUCAUUUCCCACUUAUCCAGGUUGAACUCCACCUGCCGCUUCUCAGCCCAGCUCUACAUUCUAUCAAUAUCCUGUUUUAAUCUACAGCAACCUUCUACACUAUCCACAACACCAUGAACCUUCGUAUCAUCAGCAAGCUUACUAACCCACCCUUUCACAUCCUCAUCCAAGUCAUUUAUAAAAAUCACAAAGAGCAGGGGUCCCAGAACAGAUCCCUGUGGAACACCAUUGGCCACUGAUGACCAGGCAGAAUACGCUCCAUCUACCACCACCCUCUGUCUUCUAUGGGCGAGCCAAUUUUGAAUCCACACAGCCAAGUUUCCCUGAUUCCCAUGCCUCCUGACUUUCUGAAUAAGCCUUCCAUGAGGAACCUUAUCAAACGCCUUAAUAGAAUGCAUGUACACCACAUCCACUGCUCUACCUUCAUCAAUGUGCUUUGUCACAUCCUCAAGGAAUUCAAUUAUGCUCCUGAGGCACAAGCUGCCCCUCACAAAGCCAUGCUGACUGUCCCUAAUCAGCCUAUGCUUCUCUAAAUGCCCUGUCUCUAAGAAUCUUCUCCAGUAAUUUGCCCACCACUGAAGUAAGACUCACUGGUCUGUAAUUCUCAGGGUUAUCCCUACUUCCUUUCUUAAACAAAAUAAUUUGCCAACCUCCAAUCAUCCAGCACUACUCCUGUGGCCGGUGAGGAUGCAAAGAUCGUCGCCAAAGGCGCAGCAAUCUCUUCCCUCACUUCCCGUAAUAACCUUGGAUACUAUAUAUCCCGUCGGACCCCGGGAACUUAUCUAUCCUAAUGUUUUUCAAUAGUUCCAGCACAUUCUCCUUCCUCACAUCGACAUGCCCCAGCAUAUCAGUCUGUCGUAUGCCAUCCUCACAAAUGCCAAGGUCUCUCUCUCUGGUGAAUACUGAAGCAAAGUAUUCAUUAAGGACCUCCUCUACAUCUUCCGACUCCAGGCACAUGUUUCCUCUUUUAUCCCUAACUGGUCCUACCCUCACUCUAGUCAUCCUCUUAUUCUUCACAUACGUGUAGAGCGCCUUGGGGUUUUCCUUGAUCCUAGUCGCCAAGAACCUCUCAUGCCCCCUUCUAGCUCUCCUAAGUCCAUUCUUAAAACUCCCUCCUGGCUACCUUGUAACUCUCCAGAGCCCUGUCUGAUCCAUGCUUUCUAAACCUUAGGUAAGCUUCUUUCUUCCCCAUGACAAGAUAUUCUACAUCUCGUAUCAACCAUGGUUCCUUCACUCUACCAUCCUUACCCUGCCUCAGUGAGGCAAACUUAUCUAGAGCCCCAUGCAAGUAUUCCUUAAAUAAUCUCCACAUUUCCGCUGUGCACUUCCCCAAGAACAUCUGUUCCCAAUUUAUGCUCCCAAGUUCUUGCCUAAUAGCAUCAUAAUUCCCCUUCCCCCAGUCCUGAGGGAGUUCUGCACAAAUGGAAUUGCUAUCUUUCAGACUGAGGACCCUCUUUCCUCUAAGAAGAAUAUAAAAGUUCUUAUGGGACAAUCUUGAAGGAAACCCUUGGAAUUCUUACCAAUGACCUAAUCAAUAUAACUGGUCAAUAUUACCUGACUGUUUGUGGGACCUUGUCUGUUCAAAUUGGCUGCUAUACUUCCUACAGUUCAGCAGUAACUACAGCUUAAAGUAGUUAAUUAGCUGUAAAGUAUUUCAAGUGAUGGGGAAAUUUACAAAUGGAUUUUACUUUCUAUUGGCAAACUGAGGAGGCAGAAAAAAUUAAAUACAAUAAAAAAAUCUAUACAUCACAAUUUCAAAUUAAAUAUGACACACUUUCAGGGAAGAUUUGCUGAUUGAAGAGACUGGGUUAAUAUUUUAACAGUAUUCAGGGCAAUUUUCAAUUUACAGAACUGGAUGCUUAUGUGAAUAUUUAUGCGAGUAACUCAUUGCUAUACAAAAUGCUUCAUGGGUUGGUUCCAAUGAAACCACUGAAUGAAUCAAUUAUCUUCUUUAAAGCACAUUGCUUGAAGACAGAGCAAUGUAGGAUUAACUCUGCAAUGCUUUGCUUCCAUCACAGACUAACACUGAUCAGAGGGCUUGCAGCAGAGUCAGCCUCAUCUCCAAUUCACACUAGCAUUAAACAAGCAUCAUGAAAGUACCCCUUAUGUACUUAUCAGCAAUUCACCUGCUACUUAGUGGUCAGGAUAUUAACUGGAAGAAAGAAAUGAAUGGCUUAUGUUAAAGUGGAGCUUUUCACAACCUCAGGAUAUCCCAAAGAGCUUUGUAGUCAAUUAAGUACCUAUGAAGUGUAAUCAGCCAGUGUAAUAAAAACAGAUAAUCUGUUUUGGUGAUGAUAAUUUUGGGGAGAUAAAUAUUGGUCAAGACAUGGGUAAAUCCCCUAUUUUUCAUCCCUGGUCUCCAUUAACUGGCUGCUUAACAAGAAGAGAAAAAAUAAAAUCUUAAAUGUAUAUCUUUUGACUUCAAGAACAAGGUCUGAAUGGAGCCAUCACAGGUUAAAAGAUCUCAGAUAAAGCAGGAGCAAAGGCAACAACAAAAGUGGUGACAUGUGUAAGUGUCGCUCAAAAGCCACAGACCCAUGUUUUAAUUUUCUUAUUUUCCUCUUUCUGGUUAGCUUUUUGGUCUUCUCUCUUGUUUUAUCACUCAAAUACUCAUUCUCACCUUUCUCUCUAUUUUGCUUACAGUCACCUCCUUCUCUCUAUCUUCCUUGUCUCAAUUCGCACUUCUCUUGUCUCAUGUCCUUCUCAUUCUGCCUCUCCUCGUUUUUUUGUUACUCUUCUUCUCUUCAAAAUUUCUUCCUCUUCUCUCACUCAUUCCAGACUCUUGGAGAUUAUUUUUCCUUCUCACUUGUGGUUUUAAAUGGAGUUCAAACUUCAAGUUGAACACAUGGAUAAGUUACAACCAGGAGGGUGUGCAACAGGGGAAAAAUAAUAUUAUGUUUGCAGAUUUAAAGAGAGUUCCUUUUCCAGACAUACUCUACAGCUACAUCUGCUGGAAAUUAAAUCCUUUAAACAAUACCGUUAACCUCUUGGAAAAGAUCCAUGUAGUUUCCAUAAAAAUUUCAGUGAAAGGACUGCUGGAUAAUUUUUAUUUUUCAAAUAAACCCACAGAUUAAAACAUUCUUACCAUGUAUCCCUAAAACAGAAACAGUGUAGUACUACAUCACAGAACAAAGUGGAUGCAGGAAGCAUUGGUAUAUUACAGUUUUUGUUAAGUCUGUGUAUGGCCAAAACGUGCAGACCGCUUUAGAUUGUUUUGUUUCCGUAUAACCACAGUCAGAGGUUAACCACAUUUUGCCCAUUCCUUCACAGCUUAAAAACUUUCUUUUAAAUUAUAGUUGACCAUUAGGUACCAGAAAGCUCCCCACUGCUGCCAGUGACAAAAUGAAGCAGAGGACUGAUUGAAGACAUGUGUUGUAAGGCCAUGAAAGAGUAUCUUCUGUCAGGAUUGGGCUACCUGCGGUAUGGUAAAAUAACACAGCUUAUUUACAAUGUGGUGUUUAGAAAAUGCUGCAAGUGAAAGUGUGCAAAUUCACCUCAGACUGCCAGAGAAAGGAAAAUUGUAAAACAAUAAUGACUCUAAUGGUGAAUAUUUUUCACCCACAUUCAAUUUUGGCAGCUGUUUUGGUUCAAGAUAUAGAGCAGUGUUAAAAUGAAUCACAGUAUGCCGAGGCUCUAGAUAAACACAUACCCCUAGGUUUCACAGAUGGUGUUAUAAAUUAUCUUUGAGAAUGAAUGUUGUGUUGAGUCAGACUAUCAUGGACUGGACCAUAAUACUCACCCAGUCUUUUUAGUAAGUCAAAUAAGAUGUGUGCAAUAAAAGACUGUAAGAAAGUUUCAUUUGAGAAUGGGAUAUUUUUUAGAUAGCAUGGAUUUUGAUUAUGUAUUGAAUUCACUGUUUGAAACACAAUUUCCUUUGUGCUUUUGUGCUUGGUUAUUUUAACUGAACUUUAGAUAUCUUUCAGGUUUAGAACUGUACAAAUUGAGCCUAGUAGUCAUGGAAUCUGCAUUGUGUUUUGUUUCAAUUACAUUUCUGAAGAUGUGGCCCAGAUUUUCUCUUGGAAAUUGGCUUCAAAACAAUUUUUUAAGAUGGUGAUGUCCCCUUUGAGUACUCGUGUACAGUGUUUGAUGUUAUGCACAUGUGAUAGGUAUAUAAAUUCAUUCAAAAAGUUGGGACCAAGGUAUCAUUCUGAGAAUUUUUAUAUUAUUGCACAAUAUACAACUUUGAAAAUGAUUACCACAAUAAAACAAAAUGAUCUGCGUAAAAUUCAGAGUCACAAUGGGUGCAUCGGUGGAGCAGACUUGAACUAAAGUAUUGGCAGUCACAAGUAAGAGAGAUUCAUUCAGUCUAUCCAAUGGUCCCAACGUCAAUAAGAAAGGCCCCUUGUUACAUUGACAGUGCAAUAUGCCUUUAGAGGACUAUCCUCAAAAACAAACAGUGUUUGGAUAGCAUCAGUGGGGGCAGUGAUCCUAUACACUAAGUAUGUCUGAUUUUUGCAUUUGCAAUUCACAGCACUUUGGAUGGACUGCUCCCACAAAUUGAAAUUGUUGGGCUCAAAAGUGGACAAUGGAGACAUUGAUCUCAUUGUCUGAUAAAGCUGCGAAAAUGGUGGAGUACCUGACUGACAGUCUGCACUACAAUUAUAUUCUUCCUCUGUUCAUUUUACUUAAUAAUUAUAUAAAUAUCCUCAUGUGCAGGAAGGAAAGGUAAGCAGGACUAAAACAAUGGAUGAUGCUUGGUUUGCACUGUCUCUUAAUCUUAAGACUGACUUGGUGGGGAUAUUCCUCUAACACUGUGACAACUGUGAAAGGAAUGCCUGACUGCAAUAGCCUUAUCAUGAAAUACUGUUAGCAAAACUAAUGUACUUUAGAAUGCCAUCUUUUAUAUUUAGCAUUAAAACGGUGUGUUUAUGGCUGGAUCUUAUUCCACAAACUCUUGUCGUGCACUCUGUGCACAAGGGUUUAAUUGAAAAUAACAUGGUGUGACAUCAACCUAAUAGAAAAUAGAUCAUGAAUUUCACUGCCUCCAUCACCAAUGUUGGAUAAAUCAUACCCUGGUUAUGAUUUUUUUUUGGUUUAUAUUUUGUAUGAAUAUGGAAUUUUAAUUUUAAAAUUACUCAGUGGUUUAGUAUAGUUUUACUCACCUUCCCUCAGACAUAAUCUUGUUUGUUCUAGCAGAAGCUGCUAUCCCAACUAAACUCCACACUGCUCCCUCCACCUGCACCCCACCCAAUAUUCUUGUUUCUAUUAGCAUACCAUUCACCUCAAUCUUAGAUAUAAUAGACAAAGCAAACUUUUUGAAUGUACAUUCAAUGAGUCGUUUUGUACUGUAACUGGAUGUUUUAGUAACUAAAUUAAUAUUUCAGACUUUCAUUGAAACUUUGUUAAAAUGGUUAAUGGCUUUCAUAAGAUUUUUCUGAAAUAGUUAUUUGAAUUGGCUGUGAUAUACUCUUUUUUAUUUGAUGAAUGUCAUGUUAUUUAUGUAACUGGAAAAUGUGUAUGUACAACAUGUUUUAGAAUACUUUAAAGUAAACACUGAAUAUAACA